UUAAGUGUGUUAACCCUCCCAAGGCUCCUAGCCAUGUCCUCAUAGCAUGCUCACACCAGCUGUUUGGAGUGUUAAGGGACAUAUUCAAUCUUUCCCUAUCCCCGGUGCUGUCCCCACUUGCUUCAAGAUGUCCACCAUUGUUCCUGUACACAAGAAAGCAAAGGUUACUGAACUAAAUGACUAUUGCCCCUUAGAACUCACUUCGGUCAUCAUGAAGUGCUUUUGAGAGGCUAGUUAAUUAUCAUAUCACAUCUACCUUACCUGAAACCCACUUCAAUUUGCUUACUGCCCCAAUAGAUCCACAGACAAUGCAAUUGCCAUCGCACUGUACACUGCCCUUUCCCAUCUGGACAAGAGGAAUACCUAUGUAAGAAUGCUGUUCAUUGAAUAAAGCUCAGCCUUCAACACCAUAGUACCCUCCAAGUUCAUCAUUAAGCUCGGGGGCCCUGGGUUUGAACCCUGCCCUGUGCAACUGGGUCCUGGAGUUCCUGACGGGCCGCCCCCAGGUGGUGAAGGUAGGAAACAACAUCUCCACUUCGCUUAUCCUCAACACAGUGACCCCACAAGGGUGUGUGCUCAGAUCCCUCCUGUACUCCCUGUUCAACUAUGACUGCGUGGCCACGCACGCCUCCAACUCAAUCAUCAAAUUUGCAGUUGACACAACAGUAGUAAGCCUGGUUACCAACGAUGACGAGACAGCCUACAGGGAGGAGGUGAGGGCCCUGGCGGAGUGGUGACAGGGAAAUAACCACAAUAUCAACAAAACGAAGGAGCUGAUCGUGGAGUUGAGGAAAGAGCAGAGGGAGCACACCCCUAUCCACAUCGACAGGACCGCAGUGGAGAAGGUGGAAAGCUUCAAGUUCCUCAUCAUACAUAUCACUGACAAUCUGAAAUGGUCCACUCACACAGACAGCGUGGUGAAAACUUCGGCUUAGCCCCUAAGACCCUCAAACUUUUACAGAUGCACAAUUGAGAGCAUCCCGUCGGGCUGUAUCACCGCCUGGUACGGAAACUGCACCGCCUGCAACCACAGGGCUCUCCAGAAGAUGGUGCAGUCUGCCCAACACAUCACCGGGGGCACACUGCCUUCCCUCCAGGACAGCUACAGCACCCGAUGUCACAGGAAGGCCAAAAAGAUAAUCAAGGACAUAAACCACCCCAGCCAAGGCCUGUUCACACUGCUAGAAGGCAAGAUUCUGAGUAGACUGUGAGUGUGCAUGGGCAGAUAGUACAGUAUGGCGGAGUUCCCAGAGAGCUUUAACCAGCUGGAACUGCUGAAGACCCACGACCACCUGAUCCCCCGCGGAGCAUGCAGCCUCUGGCCGGGAGAUGACGAAGAGGAGGAGGAGGAGGAGGGGGAAAGGAGUGAAGAGUGGUAUCAGCAGAAGGAGGAGAAGCUGAAAGACAGACCGGAGGAGCUAAUGUUGUGGGCGGCAGAGAAUAACAGACUGCCAACGGUGAAGCGGCUGCUCUCGGUCGACCCCUUGCUUGCGCAUUGCCAGGACGAGGACGGCUAUACUCCGUUGCACCGUGCGGCCUACGGAGGUCACGCCGCCACGACCUCUACCCUGUUGGUAGCGGGCACCGAAGUUGACUCCCGCACUGCCGACGGCUGGACGCCCCUACACAGCGCCUGUCGCUGGGGCCAAGUUGCCACUGCGUCCCUCCUGUUGCGCCAAGGGGCGGAGUUGAACGCCCAGACCAACGGCGGCCUCACAGCGCUCCAUCUAGCUGCCUCCCACCCUGGACCGGGCUCCGCCCACACGCUGGAGUUCCUCCUAUCGCAGCGCCACAUCAAGGCGGAGCUUCGGAGCAAUAGCGGGGAGACGGCCAGUGAAAUCGCACGCCGAAGUGGACCGCAUCACUUCCUGUUUGAGAUGGCGGAGGACUGUAACAGCGUGCUGUCUCCCCGGUGACCCCCCCCCCCCCCUUCACACACACACAUACAUACAUCAGCUCUUCUUUCCCUCUACCCAGAGGCCUUCAUGGAAGACAAGAGAGUGUUCCAAAAAGUGUCUUAUGAACAGUCAUGUACACCAUGUAUGUCUUUCUUUGCAGUCCUGGGAGGAAACCUCAAUUCUCAAUAUGAUGACAGUUUAUCUCAUAUAUUCUCUGUACGCUUUAUUUGUUCGAGUCCUAAAUGGCAACAUAUUCUGUACAUAGUGCACUACUUUUUGGUUCUAGUCAAAACUAUGUAAGGGAAUAGGGUGCCAUUUGGGAUGCAACCCUAAUAGCCGGGUACUUUUGAAUGGGUUGAAAAUAAGUGGUCCAAUUAGCAUCCUCUCAUGAACUAUGGGUUAUUUUUAGCAUGGAAACCCACAUGGUCAGACUGUACAAUCUUGUGAUUGGUUGAAGGUGAUCCAAUUGCUGACUUUCAUUUUAUUUAUUUUUAUAAUGCCCGUCAUUACAGACAUAGGCUCAAAUGGGUUUCAGCGGUGGGAUGACUAAUAUUGUGAAAUGAAGCAGAUCAGUUUGGGUUCCAGGCUAAAUUGUGUGUGCUGGAGUAAUGUUUCUCAUUGGUCUCAUUGGUCUCUGAGCAUUAAUUCAUUUAUUGAAUUGAUUGUUGAGCGUUGUGGAUAUUUUAGAUGUGUCAUGAUUUAUUCUAAUUCUAUGGUUACAGCUAAUUUGUUAGUCAUCCAAAUGUCAUCCGUGCUCGCUGUAGAAAUAAAAAUCUAAUCAGUGUAAAUCUUUAAA